CUAUAGGUUCAGGGGUAAACCUUAAGUACGUCUGCAAGGUGCCAGUGCUAAAAUUUAGUUGCAUGUCAUGCAUCUUGCAAAUGUCAAUGAGACACAUGCUCUCUACUGUGGAAUCAUGGACAUCUUUGCAGCAAAAGUAAUCAGGAUACCCAAUAGUGUAGCCACUUUUGGGGACAAUUUACUUGGUUCCUUAGCUCUUUUACCACUUCUGCACAAAAAAGGAUCUCGUUGGCUCGUCAUCAUGUGCUCUACGAUGUCUCGUGCCAGAAAAAAUAGACCAGGAAAUGGGACAAAGAGAGAUGCAGAAUAAGGGGAUAAACCAAGAGAUCGACAUACUCAGAAAUAGGAGCGGAUCGGAUUGCGGGCAUUGGUCGGGGAGCUGUGAUGGAGCCGGCGAAUCGCCUCCCUUCGCGUCUCAAAGUCGCCAUCACCAUUGUUGCAUGAAGAAGGUGUGAUCUAAAACCCUAGAGACAGAGAAGUACGGUGGCCUGAUACCCAUAUGCGUUCUUUGGAUUAAUUGUCAGUAGCUUUUUUUGUAAAAGACAUACGCUAAGGUGUCUUAGAUCACAUUGAUAAUAGAACGUUCAUGGGUAAUACCCAUUACAUCAAGACUAAUCCAGUAACAAAGACCUGGAUCGAACUCAUCGAUAGGAUGUGUGCCAAAAUCAAGAUUGGGUCCCUUACAAGCAAGAAAAUCAGCCGCAAAAUUACAUUCUCAAAAGGUGUGGGAUAAAGAAACCUCCCAAUCAAGAUCCAAAAAGCCGGUUAAUCUCCAGCGUUGAGAUCCAUGUUUGUGAUUCACUUCAUUUUUUGUUCUUAAUGAUGCUGAUGGUUGUGGUUGAGUCGGUAGAGAGGCAUACUUUCUUGAAGCCGAGCUCCCAAGCACGAGAAAGGCAUGUUUCCACAGCUUUCGGCUAUGCUCUCGUGAUAGAACAAGUGUCGAGGAUGGCCAAGAAGUCUUUGUGACACCUUCCAGUAUGAUCUCUAAUUAAACCACCAGCUGUUGCCUUGUUCCUAGUGAGCACUGAUCCAUGAGUGUUGAUUUUCAUCCACCCUUCACUUGGUGGAGUCCAAGCAAGGUUUGGUCGUCUUCCUCCGCGGGUGUCCUACCUGUCAAAAAUUUGUGCAUUUCGCACAAUGUUGAAGCAGGCAAGGAUCCUAUGGAUGAGGCUUUGCUCGUUGUAGGUCUUCACCUCCAUAGCUUUUUCAUUCCUCUCCUUCUACAAGUGCCAAAGGAUAAUGCCAAAAUCAGUCAAUUUCUCUUCAUCUUUGAUGUUGUUGAUAAACCAGUCCCCGAAGCUUGUGUUCUAGUUCUGCACUGUAACCGAGUGUCUGAGUCUUCUCCAAAGCUCUUUGGUCUUCUUAUAGUGACAAAGGAUGUGCUCUGUAGUUUCCUCGAUGCCAUUAUAGUGUUUGCAGUUGCCAUUGUCUGUCAGUUUUCUCCGGAGCCUUUCCUGAUUGGCCAGAAGGCGAUCAUGCAAGGUUAACCAGAGGAAGUGUCUGAUUCUGUUAGUGUCAAGAACCAGUUGCUCCCAAUAACUCGAGUUGUUGGGAGAAGGUUUUGUUGGAUCUUAUACCACACUCUUACACGCCCCCUCAAACGAAAAACAACCCAUGGGCUUGAAGUUUGCACAGGCCCACCAUACCUUAUGCUUUAAUCAAAGGUUAAUAUUGGGUUCGUGGAGAUUUGAACACACGAUCACUUGGCCAAACCUACUCUGAUACCAUGUAAAGAACCAGUUGGUCCCAAUAACUCGAGUUGUUGGGAGAAAGUUCUGUUGGAUCUUAUACCACACUCUUACAAUUAGAUCCCUUCCACUUCUAGAGUUGUUUCCAUUCUUCCCUUCCUGCCAAGUCCAACUCAUUGGUAACCAGUUUGUAAGCCAACUUCAAUCGGAACCUACCAUCUGGUUCAAAUCCCCAGAUUGUUGUGUUCUCUCCCAGGUUCUGCUUUGGAGUGUCAGUACCUGCAAGAAGGGACAACAUAGCAUCACGUAGAAGACCAUUUAGCCUCUCCCAAGUCCCAAGUCCCAGAGUUAUUCACCCAAUUACACCGUGGUUCAUCCUUUUCAUCAUCAGAAAUGCUAGAAAGGAGGAAGUCCUCCAAGACAAUCCCCUCGUUGAUCCAUGGAUGGCACCAGAAGCUUGUUGACUUUCCAUCUCUGACACUCCAGCAGGUUGCUCACUUCAUAAUUGGCAUGGCCUUCAGGAUGCCAUUUCACAACGGUGAGCGAUUGUUGGUUUUCAUGGUUGUGAUAUUGUUGCCACUAUGUCUGAAGUACUUUUUCUGCAGAACCUGCACCCAGAGAGACUGCUCAUCAUUAAGCAUCUGGCAGGCUAAUUUAACCAGAAAUGUCAUGUUCAAAUUCUUGGCAGAUCUAAAUCUCAAACCUCCUUCAUUCUUUGGUUUACAAAUGUUGUCCCAAUGAACAAGAUGGAUCUUUCUUUUCCCAUCUUUAUAGCCCCAAAUAAAAAUUCUGAUUUUUUUUUGCCAUCCUACAAAUGUUAAGUUUAAAGAUACCGACCCAUGGAUAUCCGUCCACUCUUAUUACUUUGCCCUACUCUCUCCAAACCCUACCCUAAUUCUAAUUUCCCCCAAUCUAACUCUCACGACUCACCUGCCGCCUCACCAGUCCCAACUCUGCUCUCUCCCCCAAAACCCCUCUCCUUCCCCAUACGACCCCCAAUGACAAAUCCUUCCUUGCUUCUCUCAGAAAGUUGACUGUAUGUUUUAUUUUUCACCAGCAAGAUAUUGUUCCCUUUUUCCCAAAAGAGGUGUGAGGAAUAAAUUAAUAAUGGAAGUUGAACACACCAUGUUUGUUGGUUAAUUGGUUUGCUCCUAUCUCACAAAUAAAAGGGAAUGAAUAACAAAUAAUUGU